UUCGAUCUCACUUUAGAAAAAGCUUUGCAUUUUCCAAACAAAGGAGAAGACGACUUUGUUGGUAUAUCGGGCAUGCGCAGUUUGAAGGCAUUUACCGUGUGCCUGUGGAUGAGUUCAAGUGACACUCAAGGGACUCCUUUCAGUUACGCGACAUCAGUCUCGGAUUUGGGUAACGAACUGCUCAUCGAGUUCCAUGAGCAUUUUAGUUUGGUCAUCGAUGGUCAACACAGCAAGACAACAGUGUCAGCCAAUGAUGGUGUAUGGCAUCACAUCUGUGUAUCGUGGGAAAGAAGCUCGGGAUCAUGGACAUUCUACAAAGAUGGUAAAAUCAAACAACAAGGCCAGCUCAAGGCGGGCCAUACGAUAAGAGAAGGCGGCUCUUUGGUGCUGGGGCAAGACCAAGACUCGGUCGGUGGUGGUUUUGACGCUGAUCAAUCAUUCAAAGGAAUGUUAUCAAAUGUCAACGUAUGGGAUCACAAGCUCACUGACACACGAAUCGAGGAGAUGUCAAAAUCAUGUCUGCUGGAUGAAUGGAAUGCUGGAAACGUGUACAGAUGGGGCGAUUUCCUGCAAAAAGCCCCAGCGAGGCUUGUAAAAAAGUCUCUUUGUAACCUGUCGAUAACUGGUACGUGGCAUAACCCGCACAACAUACACUUUGACAAAUACCAAGCAAACUAUUAAACGAGGGCAAGAGUCAAGUAUUUCCAAUUUAGGUUGGGUAAGGGUGAGGAAGGUUUUCGAGAGGACAAAAAGCUCUUUUUUUGUCCGAGUGCUAUUCUUCGAAGCAUGCGGCGUUUUGUGAGCCAUUAUAAAAAAAUUAAAUGGAAAUAUAUAAUGAUAAAAAAAACUCUUAUUUUUCUGAGAGCAAUCAGAAGAGGAAGUUUUAAAGUUUUAUAAGAAG